AUGAAAUCGACGUUUUCUAAAGCUACCUUCGGGUUAGCUACAGCCCUUUAUGCAACUCUCACAUCCGCGGACGUAACCUCCCGCCAGGUGGGCGACUCAAACGAUAUCCAGUUCCAGUGGGGUGUCCCCGAAUCAUCUGCCAGCUCGAGCUCGGGAGCCUUCUAUGUCCAGCUCAGUGCUCCUGUCACAUACCAAUGGGUUGGACUGGGGAUCGGCUCGCGCAUGGCGGGUUCUCACAUCCUUCUCAUGUACCAGGAUGGCAAUGGGAACAUCACACUGAGCAACAGGCAGGCUGAUGGCCAUUCCAUGCCGACUACCACCACCGACGGCCAGCUUGAGCUUCUGUCUGGAACUGGUGUGCAGGACGGCAGGAUGGUGGCCAACGUCAGGGCCUCAGACCUCAACCUCCAGCUGGGUGGGCAGAAUAGCUGGAUAGCCGCCUGGAAAACCGGCAGUUCCCUAGACUCGACCAACACUGCCGCGCAGAUCUCAAAGCAUGACGGCCACUCCCAGUUUUCGAUCGACUUUGCUCAAGCAUCAAUCACCUCGGAUGCCAACCCCUUCGAGAGUAGCAACGGCACAGUAAACAACCCAAGUUCAGGUGGGAACAACAACGGUGAUAGUAGUAGUGAUGGCAACGACAGCAGCAGUGGCUCCAACAUGAAUACCAUUAUUCUCGCGCACGGUAUCAUCAUGGCCAUUGUGUUCGUUGCCAUGUACCCCAUCGGGUCCAUGCUGAUGCCUCUUGUGGGCAAGUGGUACAUCCACGGAGCGUGGCAGUUUGUCGCUUACCUCAUGAUGUGGGCUGGCUUUGGCCUGGGUUAUGUAUACGCAGAGCGGAACGGAUAUUUCUUCAACCAAACCCAUACUCGUAUGGGCACCAUCGUAGUCGCGCUGUUGGGUCUCCAGCCUCUUUUCGGAUGGUUUCACCAUUCGCAGUAUACCAAACACCAAAGUCGAGGCAUUAUCAGUCACGUCCACAUCUGGUAUGGUCGUGCAUUGAUAAUCAUCGGUAUCGUCAAUGGUGGUUUGGGUCUUCAACUCACGGGCAACACCUCGGGGAGGUACAUGAUUGCUUACUGCGUUGUCGCAGCUGUUGUUUUCGCAGCAUACAUCGGUUCCAUAGGCUUUGGUUUUCUCAAGCGCAGGAGACAGGAUGGAGGAGUGGAAGGCCGCCGCAAGAAGUCAGACUCACCGCCAGUCUCUCAGACGCGCGAAUACGCAUAG